AUGGAGCAGCUCGAGCGGAGCACGCGCGUGGUGUACGGGAGGUUGGUGCUGCGCGGAAACGAAGAUGGCCUGGGGCGGUCGGCGGCCAGGGGAGAUCAAAGCGCAGGCGAGGCGGGUGGUUUGGCUGGCGCGGGCGGGAGCUGGGUGGGGCCUGAUCGGGAGCGUGGCGCAGCGUGGGGUGGGGCGGCCGGCGGAAUUGGCGAGCAGGGGCGCGGAAGUGGCGCGGGGCUAGGGGCGGGCGGCUUGGUCGGCGGUUGUGGCUGGGCGCACGGCCAGGAGUUGGUGUGUGGGCGCUGCGGAUGCUGGCGUGCUGCGGCGGACGAUGUGGUGGGCGCAAGGUGGAAGAUGGGGCAGCGGCAGUGCCGCAAGAAAUCGGCCGGCAGUUCCGGGUAG